AUGAAUACAGAAUCAAAUGGAGCUUCUUUUGGUGAUGUACCACAAUCUGAAUAUUUUAAAAAGUUUUUAGUUGGAUAGAAUUUAGUUGAUUCAUCUACAUCAUUUGUAAGACUCAAUAGCAAAACAGUGACUGAAAGAAGUAUUAGGGAAUCCUUUUAAGAAGAACAAAAUUAUGAAGUCAUCCUCUAAUAAGUGAUGGCAAGUAAUAUUAGAUUGAUGGAAGAAAUUACCAAAUGUUAAGUAACAGUGAUCGAAUUCAUGAGCAGAACCUUGAAACCCAGGUUCAGUAGUUACAACGAAAGAAUUCCGAACUUGUCUCUUAAAUCCAGCACUUAUAAGAUGAUAAUGCCAAGUUAUAACAUGAAUUAGAUACUUUUAAAAAAGAGAAACAUAGUCUUUAAGAGGAAAUCAAGAAAAAUGAAAGAGAGAAUAGAAAAAUUUACUUGCCUGAACCUAAACUUAAUAAUUUAAUGGAUAUUAAUAAAAUCUUAAUGAACAGAACUGAGUCUUCAUUUUAAUUCUAUAAGGAACCAUUGUUAUCAUCCAAAUUUAUUAGUACAAAAGUACAUACUUCUAAUCCCUUUAUUUAUACAACAAGACCUUAAAGUCCUUCAACUAGUGUUAGAUAAAGUACACCAAUUUAAACAGAGACCAAAUCCCCAAUUUUAAUGUUUAAUAAUACUGUUAAUUCAUGGAGAGAUAGUAAAUAAAAUAGGAAUGCUGUUGAAUUUAAGAAAUUUUAAUAAAAAAUGGAAUAAUUAGUCAGAAAAUCUAAAAAAAUUACUUGA